ACUCAUAAAAAAUUCUCGGAGAUAUUGCUUCCCCUACUGUUUGUUGUUCGUCUUUGUGUAGCUCCAUUUUGUGGUUCUAAAGGUGACAAAUCACUAAAAUUGUACUAUCAGCUUUUUUACAAGAUUUCUUUUGCCAACUGUAGCUUCCCCACCUCACCACCCCCCUCCCUUUCUUCUCAUGCUUAUAAAGAGCAGGAAUUGCCACCUCUUUCCACAUACCAUCCCAAGACCCUUUCGUAGUCUUCUCUCUUGACUCUCCUCAAACAUUCUUAGUAACAUCUUUGCCCUCUCUAAUCUUUUUCUUCACAUUUUUUUUUCCCAUCUUUGACUCUCUAAUUAAUUUCCUUUGCCUAAAGUUUCAAUAUUCUUUUAGAAAUGGCAUCCAGCUCCAUGUCCUCUAGCUCAUCAUGGACUGCCAAGCAAAACAAAGCUUUUGAAAAGGCUCUGGCUGUGUUUGAUAAGGACACCCCUGAUCGUUGGUACAAUGUUGCCAAGGCGGUUGGCGGGAAAACCGCGGAGGAAGUGAAGAGGCACUAUGAGCUACUUGUGCAGGAUGUCAAGUAUAUUGAAUCAGGACAAGUGCCCUUCCCCAAUUACAGGACAACCGGAGGGAAUAGCUAUGGAAGCACGGCUGAUGAGGAAAAGAGGAUGAGAAACAUCAAGCUCUAGUGAACCAUGAAACCAUCUAGAAUCAACAAGAAUAAAGAUCCAUUCCAUCCUAAUUUUUAAUAUUAAAAUGUACGCUUUUAUAUAGUAAAAGCUAUAUAUAUAUAUAUAUAUAUAUAUCACCGAUCUAUAAUAGAUCACAAUUGGUGAUUUUUAUUUUCUAUCUAUGUAUUUUGGUAUGUUUUCCUUUCGGAUCUGUAAGAUUUCGCUAAUGAAAUCGUAUUGUUUUUAUAUUUUAUAA